UCCAAAAUGCAUUUGAAUGAAUCACCGUCUAAAAUAAAUGAUCAUGACAAAGAGGAUAUUCCUUCAUCAGCUUUAGAUAAAGGUGCAGGUGAGAAAAGGAAAAUCCAGUGAAUACAAGUGCAUCUUCCGAAACAUUUGGUUAGUCAGCAAAAUAAGGGAAAUACAGAAAAGUUAAUCCAAAUUUCCUCUGCGACCAAGAAUCUCAAAGUGUAUCGAUCAACGAAUAAUAAAGAAAUUGUAAAACUUGCAAGGCAAGGAAGCACCAAGAAGAGUAACUCAAAGCAUAUGGUAAAGAAAUUUACCCUUACUGAGUCCAAAAAGUACCCAGGCACAAAUGAGAAAUUAGGAACAAGCUCUAACCGGUCUAUUUCAGCCGUAUUUCAUAUGAACAAGAAGUAUAAUAGCCGGAACGUCUCACAGUACUUUAAGAGUACUACUAAUGAUAAUACUGAGGUGAACCUACCUAUCCUGGAGAAAAUAGAACAGAAUUCUAAUCCAAAGAAAUUCAUGUCAAUGAAAGUGCUAAAAUAAGAACAAAAAUGCUACUGUUAUUAAAUCUAAAAAGAGGCUUACCUCUCUGAAGGACAGAAUUCAGCAGCUUUAUGAUAAAUAUUAUGACCCAAUAGAAAAGACUCCAACAAAAAAUCAUCUACCUAAUUGAGAAGAAGGGUUAUCAUCUACCGUCUCUCCUGUUCGUUGCCAGAGUAGAAACUCAAAUGUUAGCAAAUUUGCUUCUCUACCCCCUCUCAGUACAGAACUGCGGUUCUGAACGCCUACCAAUGGACGUUGCUCUUCAUUAGCAAAAAGGUUUCAUCAGGAUAAAUAAGUCAUCUUCUUCUAAAUCUGGAAUUUUGUCAAGAUUUAAUAACCGGUUGACUUAAAUAAAUCAAAGAGAAGUACCAUAAAAGUACUUUCUAGAAAUAAAGGCAAAAUCCCAUUUAAACGUGCAGAAAUAAGCUUAGAGCCUCACCUAAAAUUGCAGCGAAACGAGUAUGAAAUUGGAACGAAACAUGCAUUGGCAAGGAAUAAUUAUCAGACCCCAGAACAAGGAAUAAUCAACCUUGACUAAGCACUAUGGAAGUUGACAAAGAUAUGAGUCUUACAUUACAAAUGAGAGAGGUUAGAUACUUCAGAACCUCUUUGAAUAGCUCACCAUAUUUAAUUAAUUUAAGAUGAAAUAGUUUACACUCUUAAAAUUAUUA